CGUGGGGGAAUCUGCCCUCAAAACACAAUGGAUACCAUCGGCUCGGGCGGCGAAGCUGAUCGCAUUGACACUGACACUGACAAAGCACCAUCUCAUAUGAUCAAUCAGCCCAACCCUGCGAUUGUUACAUCUUCCGCGCGACAGCAAGAACCCGAUGAUACAACCCUUUCUCUGCCCCCUCUGCCCGAUAAUGACGACAGUAGCCUACUCCUGUCGAGCGAGGAUGGCGACCACGACCGUGUCGAGGACCAGACCUUUCUCCAGGAAAACGAAAUGCGGAGACGACUGAUGGACAUGGAGUCAAGUUUUUUACCUGACCCUUCGACCAUUCAAGCCACAACAACACAUCGAACCAUCGAUGCUGAUGAUACUUCCAUGGUUGAAGCGCAUCGCGGUGAUGCCCCUGGUACUUCCGGUCCGGAAAAUUCUCAGCUAUCCUUUAUGGUACCGGAUGAGUCAAAUGUUGACAUUACAUCGGUCGGCGACGAGGUUCCAAUUCCGCAAACCCCUAGUCCGCGUUCCGAAGAGGCCGACGAUGAAGCCAUGGACGCGACAUCCGCAGCUUCUUCCGAGAAGCACGUCGACAAUGCUACAACCCAAAUUGAGGGAACACACUCGUCGCCUUCGGCGGCGGCAGCUCUUAGGACAGCCAGCAGGAAUCCGACCGCCUCCUCGGAAGAUCCUCGAGAUGCCAACCAAACCUCUAUGGGUGUCAUUCAAAGAGAGCACUUCUCCCCACCCGAGCCCAACCAGUUGCUGCAGUCAAUGGGGCAGAAUUCUCACAGCGAGCCGCGCAACUUAUCACCUGGGCCAUCGAGGUUCUUCCCCGAGAACAGCGGCGGGGACGCAGAAGCGAUCUCGCGCGCAAGCAGUCGCAGAAGUAGUAGGCCAAAGUAUCUGGCCAGCCGCCAGUCGGCACAUCGGCUUUCAUACUCAUCGGUCACAAGCACCGGCACAGAGAUAACAAAUAGCGACGCGACAUUGGGUGCUGACUAUGCCCUUCAAUCGGGCGGUGCAGCACCUGGCAUGACGAGUAGCAUCCAAGCUGGUCAGCGCAACACACUAGCCCGAUCGGUGAGCUUGGGCAGCAUGGCUUCAGGCAUUUCUGGUUACAGCGAUGAUAAUGUCUUUGAUCGUAAAGGGCCCAGUGGAACUACAGAAGGGGGUCUCCACACUCUCAACGAGGAAGACGGGCCCUCAAGGUCGCGCCCAGGAUCAUCUUCCCAGCACCAUCACACCUAUCAGCCUGCAAAUCAUGUAUCUGAGCAACCGAGUGCCCAGGAAGCUGCAGAGCCCAUGACACCGAAGGCUAAACACCGCAAUAACAGCUUCCCCACGGAUACAGCUAUUGCCGAACGUAUCAAAGAUGUUCAGAUCCCAAGCACAUUCGUCAAGCAAUUUAGGGAGGAUUAUGGCAGCCGUGCACUGUCCCCGGACAAACGUACAAGCACCACUGCCGGCUUCACGAAGAGUGGUCGUACCAUGACCCUCAAGGAGCAAAGUAGUACCAUCGACCGUCUCUCAAAGGAGAAUUUUGAUCUGAAGAUGAGAAUCCACUUUUUGAAUGAAGCCUUGAACCGGCGCUCUGAGGAAGGCAUCAAAGAGAUGAUUUCCGAGAAUGUCGAGCUGAAAUCAGACAAGUUGAAAUUACAGAAAGACAGCCAGCACCUGAAGCGGAAAGUCCGUGAGCUUGAAAAACAGCUGAAGGACCAGCAAUCAGACAAAGAAUCUAUGGUUAAUCACGACCCUGACGGCUCCGAAGAUGAAGACCGAGAUGCAGCACAGGACGAAGAGAUACUAUUCUUGAGGGAACGGAUAGAAACCUACGAGCUAGAGAUUGAGAGGUUCAGGUCAGAAAGCAUCGUGCGUGAGAGCGAGAAGAGAAGACUUGCUGAGAUGGUGAAAUCACUCAGCGAUGGAAGGAGCGAGGGAAGGCCCAUGGGAUCAGACGUGGGAGCAAGGGAAGAGAGGGAUAUGUGGAAGGACAUGCUCGAGGCCGAGGCCGCAGCACGUGAACAAGCCGAGGAGGAGAACAAGAGAUUACGGGAGGAGGCCUUGCGCCUGAGGACCGAGAUGAUGAGCUUCCCACUGGCCUCCGCGCGGCCUGGGCAGCGGGACUGGGUUGGAUCGGUGGCCUCAUACUCAGCCGCUUCUGAAAGAGAUUUCGUUCGGAAUGCUAAUACUGGGAGCUCCUCCAGUUCCACACUGGUCAUGGAACUGGAGCUCCUGAAACAGGAGAAUGCAGAGUUAAGGAAGGAAGUGAGCGCGCAAACCUCGAUGCUUACAUCUCGGAACCGGGAGAAAGAGCGUCUAUACCAGGAGAUCGAAGAACUAAAGUUAGGCCAUUGCCGCGACGGUAGUCGAUCAGUGGCGGGCGAUAGUAUAUUCGAUCGCUCGGCAUCUCGAGCCCACGGUAGGCCUUCGUCCCGUGCUAGUGAUGGGACAGGUCAAUCUCCAGGCGACGAAGCAGAGCGAGAAGAUUUAGAAGUCCGGAUUGGGGAAUUGCGUGACCAGGUCUCGGCCUUAAAGCUCGAUAACCAGGCUGUUCGGGAGCAAGCCGAGGAGUACCUUCGAGAAUUGGAGGCUGUUGACAAAGCUUACCAAGCAGACUUGGCUGAGGAACGCAAUGAAGCUUUUCAACAUCUGAGAUCCGAAGCCCAGGAGGAGAUAGACACUGUUGGGGAGGAAUUAGAUCAGAAGGUGGAAGAGUGUCAACAAUUGAACGAGGAACUCAGGGUGCAAGAUGAAAACCUAAGAGCUUUGCAGGCCGAAAUGCGUUCGGCAAGUGAAGGUAUUAUUCGGCUGGAGGAGGAUGCGCAGAACAAUCUGCAGCGAUAUAAGGCCGUUCAGCAGGAACUGGAAGACUGCAACCGUGAGAUGGAGACUCUGGGGAAGAGUCUGUACGAAUCAAACACCAAGGUUCAGCGACUAACGGUUCAAAUUGAGUCGAGUCAAAACGAGAUUGCGUUCCUUCGGGAAGAGCAGGACGGCGAUAAGAUCAGGAUUGGAGACCUCGAGUCGGAGCUCAAGACAUACAGGCUGGCACUUCAGAGUGAAAAGGACAAAGCUAAGGAGCUAGAAGAGCGUCUGGCCGAGGAGCGACACCAACGGGAAGUUGUGGGCAACAGGGAGAAACAAGAGGUCCAGCGCAUUAUCAAUGAGCUCAAUCGUGAAGCGUCUGCAGCUAAGGAAGAGGUGCGCAAGCUGAGGAAGAGCCUCUCGGCACAGGAGAUCGACACGAAUACGUGGAGAGAGCGGCUGAUGGACUUGGAGAACAACCUGCGUGAAACGCUGGGUGAUCUGACCGGCAGUCGCUCUAGCCUCAUUUCCAACAUCAUGAAAUUGCAGAAGGAACUCGAAUCGACUGCCCUAGAACUUGAGAGUACCCGCUCCAAGCUCGAUGAGAAGGAGUCGUUGUUGCGAAACAGGGAUGCGCUACUGGAGAGCCAUGGUCUGGAGUCACGUAAAUUGGCCGAGCUUCUUGAUCGCGAACGCCAGGCUCGCCGCGCCGACAAGCAGUCAUUCGAUCAGGCCCUCAAAUCACAUCACCAGGCGUCCCGGACCAUCACGCAGAACAACUCGCGCAUUUCGGACCUUGAAAAUGCACGGAAUCAAGAUCGAAAGCGCUUCACGACUAUUGAACAACAAUUCAAGGACCAGCUAAGCGAGAGGAACGCCAUGCUCUUGACGAUCUGGAAGCGUCUGUCCUCGAUGUGCGGGCCGGAUUGGGCUCACUCCAACAGCCUGAUCAAUGGCAAUCUGCCUAGCCAGGAAGUCAUCGGAAACAUCCUAUUUUGGCCCGGCUUCAGCCGCAACCUUUUGCUUGCUGUCAAAACUCUGGAGAACGUGGUUCUGGGGUUCAAGGCUCGCAUCAAGGGCGUUGAGCGCGAUUUAGCCAAACAGUAUCAGUCGUUAGAACACACUUUCAGCCUGCGAGUUAAGAAACUGGAUCGUCUGGAAGAAUCGAUGAUGAACAUGCGCGCGCAGCAACACAACCGCAGCCUGUCCGGAGUGUCUCCGGAGACCGCUAAGCUCCGUGGAGAAAACCGGCUCCUGAAGGCCGAGCUUAAUCUGCUACAGUCUCAUUCGCGCAGUCGGGGGUCGACGUUGGCCGAGGCCACAGACGGUGCCCUUGUACACGGCUCGCGCCCCCAUCCGCUAGCGGCCGACCCCGCCAAUAGUGAGAGGUGGAUCCAGCGGCUGCGUGAACUGGAGAAGAGACUUAAAGCCGAACGGGAAGCUCGGAUCUUGGACCGCAGCGGGGCGCGCAAGCGUCUCGAGGAGCGUGACGCAGAGAACCAGCGACUGCGCGCUCAGCUGGAGAGACGGCGUCUACAUCACGACGUGUCGACUAGGACAUCAUCGCUUGACGGCGAUGGCGGCCGCCCUAUGCGCGUGCCAGCUCCACGGCAGCUCGAUAGUUCUGACCCCGGCACGAGCGACGGGUACGAGCGCCAUCGCGACGACGAGCCGAGUUCAAGUGGGGAGGAGGGCAUCUACGUUGAUAUCGAGGUGUAG